CGUUUACAACAUUAAGGUUUGGAGUGUCGCUGGUCUGGGCUAUUAGAACCUUCUUAGAACCUAGUCCGAUGCCAAACUACAAAGGUCUAGCCGUAAGCCCGGACAACCGACGAUUCGCGUGCUCUCAAACUUUUUUCUUGACCAAAAGUCGAGACACAUACUUUCACCGCUGGAACGAGAGGGAAAAUUGUUAACAAUGUCGAUCAGCCUCUCCUUACCAGCCCUCAUCCAUGAGGAGACAGGCGUUGUUGAACAAAAAGUGAUUCAUACUCUCGAAGGUCUUCUUCAUAGCUUCGAUGCGGAUUAUAUUCGAGUAGCCGCGGAGGAAAUUGACGAGCUUAAUCCUGCGAGGCACUCAAAGAAGGCACAUAAAGAAGUCCAGGAGGACGAACUUGAGGAAUUUCUCUGGCUGGUGUGGGAUGCCUUUAUCCGCCUUGCCCGGCAAGUUCCCCACGCUCACCCCUUUCAAGACCGCAUGGUAGACCUUGUGGAGGCUCUUACACUCUUGCCUCCGUUGAGCGUUGAGGUUUGGCAGUCGACCAUCCGUCUCUGGGCGGAUCUCCCUUUGCUCGGUCCCAGCAUGAGAGAAGCAUGGGUUGCACCCCCAUCCACUGAGGGCCCCAUUGAAAGCCACGAGGCAGAGGAGUGGAUUAAUUUGAAUGCGUUCGCCGCACGACUUCUUAGGCUCGACGCGAUAUCAUGGACCGUCUUUGGUAUAUGGGAACUCCGGGAAGCCCUUGAAGAGCCAUCUGAGAUUCCCGGGAGCGGAUUUCAUGUCAUAGCGGCAGCAGAAUGGAUCAAGCACAGUGGUGUAUUCCUCUACGGGGCAGCGAUUAAUGGGACAGAAGGCCAUGAGGAACGCCUCUCGGCUGCAACAGGAUCUUUAUAUCAUGGUUCCAAUGUGGUGUGCCUUAAAAGGUGGGAAUUUUGGAAGUGUCGCUUUGGUUAUAUCGGCGAAAAAGCUGGCGAUUGUACCAAACAAGUUGCUCUGAGAGCUAGAAGAGAGAUGGAAUUGAUAGAGCAAGAAUGUACAAGUUAA